AAAAUUCGCCGGGUUCUAAUGUACAUAACCGAAAGCGUAGGGCUGCGUCUCGAGAAUCCAAGCACUUGGGAAGAGCUUACGAGGGUGUAGCCAAGUACUUUGAGAAUGGUCUGGCAGUCAAAGCAGAAAGCAGACAACCUCGAUGCUCGCUUGCGUGCCCCGGUUGGCGGUUGGAAUUGAACUCCGAAAGAACCCUUGGCAUAACUUUAGAAGCGAGGUCUCUCUGGGGAAGUGACGCCAUUGCCGACGAGAAAAUGGGGUCCCCGUUGCGGAUUUCGCUCCCCUCUUCCGGGUUACUGUAAGAGCUCUAGACUCUUCUCCAAAGACGCACGCAUAGUCUAUCUACAUAGAUAACGGUGAGGGAUUAUGCUAAACGCUGAUUCAUCCCAUCUCAUCAUCUUCAUCUUGAGACACUUACACAUAACAAACUGCGUACCAGAUACUGCUUCACUCUUCACUUCCGGUGAUUUCGAGGAGGAGUUCAAUACAAUACAAACACACUUAACUUAUUAAAGAUACGAGAAUAACCGAGGGUUAAAGAUCCAUCGACCAUGGCGCCUCUGACUCCACACUGGAACCAGCCUUCGCACCCCGACAUCCAGGAUGUGAUCGUCAACAUGCAUGAAUUCACAUCUAAAAGCCUGUCCAAAAUCUCGCUACCACCUUUCGGCUUGUACGCGAAGAUGGACUUCCCUCCGUGCACCAUCGCCGAAGUUCCAACGUACGCGACGGUACAGUGCGGCCGGAACAAACAUCUGAACCUGAAUAGCGACCUGCUAUACAUCAACCAUUCGUGCGAGCCAUCGCUCAUUUUCGACACGGCUAACUUUAACAUCAUCGCGGGGCCUAAUGGCCUUCAAGCCGGUGAAGAAUUAACCUUCUUCUACCCAUCCACAGAAUGGGACAUGGCCCAACCUUUCGACUGUCUGUGCGGCAAACCAACCUGUCGUGGUCGUAUUAGUGGGGCCAAAGAUAUGACCAAAGCACAGCUUAACGGCGUAUGGCUUAACGGACAUAUCCACGAGCUGCUCGAGGAGCAAGAAAACCGCCGACGGCGUAAUACCGAUGUCGGGGAGGAGGCUGAUCCUGGAAAUGGUAGCAGUACUAUACCCCAUAAUGGUGGUCCAUCGACGAAAGUAGAUUCUCCUCGUGAGGAUGUUACUACUCAAGCGCUGAGAGAUGCCUUGAAGCAUGCCGAAAAGGUGGUCGAAGCGGCUAAACGUGCUUUGCAAUCACAUCUCGAAUCGGCGACUCCUCUAUCGAUCCACAACCGAGGGAAAAUCCCCGCGAACGGCGGCAACUCAGUUAUUAAUGAAGGGAAUGGUCCUGGAGGUGCUGAUAGUUUAGCCGUCGGUUUGACCAGACGUGGUGUCACGUCACGAGAACUCAGCGGCGAAAUGGGCGGCGACACUAUCGCGGUCUAAGACUUCUGAAAGAUGAAAUAUUUCGUUCGCCGUUUUGCGUCUUUUUUAUCCUUAUCGUUUCUUUUCACGGAAUUCAACAUCCCUAUAUUCGAGCCAGCUCUCAACAGCUUGGCUCCUCACUCACCUAAUUACUCAGGUACACAUAUAUACUUGAUCAGAACGAGAUGCUCAUUAUUGAAUAGCUUUCAUUUAAAAUACAGCUGCAACAACCAGCAGAUAUCUACCAGAAUC